UUGGCUGCACCAGUCUCUACACAACCCAAAUCACACCACACCCUACUGUUUUACAUGCAUGAAGUUCUAACCGGACCCAACCCCUCGACCCGUGCCAUGACGGGCAUAGUCAACAACCCGACAGUCAAAGGUUUACUCCCUUUCGCCAAACCCAAUGGCAUGGUUUCCCCGGUUCAAGCAACGGACAAUGAUAACAUGCCUUUCAUCAUUGGUCUUGGAGGGCCCGUAACAAAUGUGUUUCAAACUGGGUCCGGAAGGACCCAGUUGCCAUUUGGCUUUGCCCUUCGCCACCUCAUGUUUGGGACCAUCACGGUCUUUGACAAUGAGUUGACUGAAGGGCAUGAGUCCGGAUCCAACUUUAUCGGGAAGGCGCAAGGGUUUUAUGUGGCUAGCUCUAUAGACGGUAAUAGCCAAUGUGUGUUGUUUACGGCUAUGUUCAAGAGUGGAAAUUACGUAAAUAGCCUUAGCUUUUUUGGGGUUCAUAGGACCGGGGUGUCUGAGUCUCAACUAGCCAUCGUCGGUGGAACCGGAAAGUAUGUUAACGCGAAGGGUUAUGCGAAAGUUACGAAUGUUGGAUUGAAUGAUGAACAAGUCACUUAUGGAGGGGAGACCUUGCUUGAGAUUUUGGCCUAUGUUACUGAUUAAACCAUGUUUUAUUAAUUAAUACUUUUGAAAAUAAAACAAAACUCAAAUUUCCUUA